GGAUGUGUGCAGAGAGGCAGAGAUGCGGAUUAUGGUGGAUGGUGGGGCCGUGGAUUGAUAAUGUGACAGGAUGAUGACAGGACGGCCAGCGGAACUAAGGAUCCCCGAGAGUCCGGAUUUGAGCUUUCUGACUCACACGAACAUUUAAAGAAAGGCUUGCAGCUAUUUACCCUAGUUUUUACUCUUGCUGUUGAAUUUUGUUUCAUCCGCGCGGAUUUGACGACAAUGUUAUGCAAUAUUUAUCUGCACCACCUUAUAUCUACACAACCAUCGAUAUUUUAUUCAUGUAUUUAUUCUCUCUCGUUCGCUUUUAAUUUUUUAAACAGCCUAGUAUUAAUUUAAAAUUGAACAUAUAACCUUCAAAUAAGAGCGACAGGAAAGGUAUCUGUUGGGUGUUGUUACCUGUUCCUAAAUUCAUAUUUUCGAUUAAGAAGAAUACCAUCGGAAAAUAAAGAUGUCAAGGAGAAUAUGACAUCCGCUUCUUUGGUCUGGGUGGCUACGGUGCGACAAAAAGGACGCGAAUAACAGUGCUGACCUAAAUGCGACCAGAAAGCCGCAAAUUGCAAGUUUUAUCAAUAUUGGCCAUUGUGGCUAUGCUGCAGUAAUUAUUACAACGCCACCCGAACCAAGAAGAGAAGGAGGUGAUAAGGUCUGAAUUUAACGCAAAAAUUAAUACAAAUACGUUUGCUUUGAAGAUAUUCUAAAAUGGAGGCACCGUGUCUUCGCUGGUUGGUGUUCUUAUGGACAGUUGCUCGCCUGUUCCUGGACGUUAGCUCCGGCACCAGUUUCGACGAGCCUGACCGCUCCGGACAUCUCUCCAUCCGCGUCCCCCUGCGGCAGGGCCUCCCCUCUGAUCCACCGCUUGUGGCAAGACAAUCCUCCCCCAGUAAGGCCCGAGAGCGCAGAGCAGCCGCGGGUAUUAAUUUCGUGGAUAUGAUCGAUAACCUGCGUGGAAAAUCCGGACAGGGGUACUACGUGGAGAUGGCUGUGGGGACCCCGCCGCAGAAGCUGAACAUCCUGGUAGACACGGGCAGCAGUAACUUUGCGGUGGGAGCGGCGGCUCACCCCUUCCUGCGCAGAUACUACCACCGCUCGCUCUCCAGCUCGUACCGGGACCUGGGCCGCAGCGUCUACGUGCCCUACACGCAAGGCCGCUGGGAGGGCGAGCUGGGGACGGACCUGGUCUCGGUGCCGCACGGCCCCAACGCCUCACUGCGCGCCAACAUCGCUGCCAUCACCCAGUCCGACCGCUUCUUCAUCAACGGCUCAAACUGGGAGGGCAUCCUGGGGCUGGCCUACGCCGAGAUCGCCCGGCCUGACGAGACUCUGGAGCCCUUCUUUGACUCCCUGGUGCGGCAGACGUCCGUGCCCAACCUGUUCUCCCUGCAGCUCUGUGGGGCGGGGUACAGCCAGAACUACACCCUGGGCAGCGCCACCGUGGGGGGCAGCAUGAUCAUUGGCGGGGUGGACCCCUCCCUGUUUGUGGGAGACCUGUGGUACACCCCUAUUCGCCGAGAGUGGUACUACGAGGUCAUCAUUGUCCGCAUUGAGGUCAACGGGCAGGAUCUCAACAUGGACUGCAAGGAGUAUAACUAUGAUAAGAGCAUUGUGGACAGUGGCACCACCAACCUCAGACUGCCUCAUAAAGUCUUCCAGGCUGCAGUCAAGGCUAUUGAGGCGGCCUCUUCGACGGAACAGUUUCCCUCAGGUUUCUGGCUGGGGGAGCAGCUGGUUUGUUGGCAGGCUGGCACCACACCCUGGCACAUCUUCCCUGUCAUCUCCCUGUACCUGAUGAGUGAGAAUCGCAAUCAGUCCUUCCGCAUCUCCAUCUUGCCCCAGCAAUAUCUGCGGCCUGUGGAGGAUGUGGCAUCGGCGCAGGAAGACUGCUACAAGUUUGCUGUGUCUCAGUCCAGCACUGGCACCGUGAUGGGUGCUGUCAUCAUGGAGGGCUUCUAUGUCGUCUUCGACCGCGAGAAGAAACGCAUCGGAUUUGCCGUCAGCACGUGUCACGUGCACGAUGAGUUCCGCACGGCAUCAGUGGAGGGGCCAUACCACGGCGUAGACCUGGAGGACUGUGGGUACAACAUCCCUCAGACGGACGAGUCUACCCUGAUGACCAUCGCCUACAUCAUGGCUGGCAUCUGUGCCCUCUUCAUGCUGCCCCUGUGCCUCAUGGUCUGCCAGUGGCGCUUCACCCGCUGCUUCCGGCCACCAGGGGGCGGCGAUUUCGCUGAUGACAUCUCCCUCCUCAAAUGAAAAGGGGAGGCAGACUGGGAGGAGUCAGGCCAGCUGUGCCAGAUAUACAUGUUGUCAUGGAGCCUUGUGCCGCCCCGGCUACCACGUCCACGUUUUGGGCAGACAGAACUGAAGGUAGCAGCUCGUGCGUUGGACGAACUGUCGCAGUGUGUAUAGCUUAAUGUCGCUUCAAGUCAACAGAUUCACAGACUGAGGCGCUGGUGCCCGCCUGCCUUGUUUCAUCUGAAGAGCAAAGGUUUCAACUUUCUCUGGACCCAGAUUUGCAAGAGUGGACGGUUUUUGUUGCCAUGUCUGAACUGGAUCUGGUUUUGGGAGGGGGAAUGGAAUGAGGGUAAAAAAGUGUGUGUCUGUGUAUAUGUGUGUGUGCGUGUGUGUGAGGUUAUGUAUGGCAUGAGGUUUGCGUAUAACCAAUAAGUACAGAUGGGGAUGGAUAUAUUUAUUAAAUAUGCUGAAUUAAUGUGAUUAUAACAUUAUCAGUGCCACCCUGGGGAUCAGUAGCCUAUAAGGGGAAUGAAAAUGCUAACCAGCCAAAUUCUAUACAUUUAAUGAUCUACGUACAGGUUUGCACAUAUACAGAACAUAUAUUUAAAAAGUGAAUAUCAGAUAUAUUCAAGGUUGGUGAUAAUGAUGCUGGGCUAGGGGAGUAGGACAGAGACACUCUUUUAUUUGACACAUAUCAAAAAAAAGAUUAAAUAAUGCAUUUAAUAUAAUUAAUACCAAACAUAUACUGAUCUUUUGAGUGGUUCCUCUGACUGGGAACUUUGGGAAUGUACACAGUGUUUGCCCACCACCUCAACUUUAUUAACAAGCGCACACACCCCAGCCCCCCCUAUCAGUAAUGGAUAUUAAUAGUGUUGUGAUUGUAGCACAUUACCUGUAUAAAUGUACACAAGACAAAAGAGUUAAAGAAACAAAGUCUAAAUAAAUGAAGUCUGCAGGUCCAAGUUUCUUAGUUGACUUUCUGUAAAUAAUUGAGACCUGAUCUGUAUUGAGAGUGAACCUGACUGUACU